ACUCCUCACGUGGUCCCUUCAGAGGCUCUGAACCGUUUGUCCACUUUAGCUUCAGACCGUCGUUCACAAAGAAAACAGCUGUUCGUAGUUUGAAAGUAGCUCAGAUUACUACAAUGUACUUGUGCACGUGAACGCAUCAGUAAUUGAAAUACUAUAUAUCAGGAUAAAUGUGUUAAUAUUCAGCAUCAGGAGUAAUUGUACAUAUAUGUAUUUAUUUUGAUGCUCAGACUGUUGUGUUUUUACUCGAGUAAAAUAUUUUGAAUGAUUGUUUUUACAUGUUAACGAUGCAAUGAGUAUUAAUGAUGUGAACACGUGACUCACCUCUUUUUCUUCCUCCUCUUUAACCUCCUCCUCCGCCUCAGCUUCCUCCUCCUCAGCCUCCUCUUCUUCCUGCUCUUUAGCCUCCUCCUCCUCAUCAGCCAUGAGUGACAGUGAUGAAGAUGGGCCCCCCGCCCUGUCAGCUGACUCUCUGGCUGCCCUGCAGGAGUUUUACAAUGAGUCCAGAACGGAUUGUAUCAAGUGUCUGUCAGAGCAGUUCAGUGUGGGGGAGGUGGAGGAGGACUGGCGGAUGAGUCAGUUCUGGUACACUGAAGAGACAGCGACUCAAUUAGCUGAGGAGGUCGUACGAGAAGCAGGAGAGGGAGGCAGGGCCGUGUGUGUGAGCGCGCCCAGUGUGUACCAGAAGCUGAAGCAGGGCGUGGUGGACGGCUCGGACCGGGUGUCCGCUGUCGUUUUGGAGUUCGACCGCCGCUUCGCCUCCUACGGAGACGACUUCGUCUUCUACGACUACAAGCAGCCGCUGUCUCUGCCGCCCAGCCUGGCUCCUCAGAGCUUCGACGUGGUCCUGGCCGACCCCCCGUACCUGUCCGAGGAGUGUCUGAGCAAAGUGGCCCAAACCAUUCAGUACCUGAGUAAAGGCAAAGUGCUGCUGUGCACAGGAGCCAUGAUGGAAAAACUGGCCAAAGAGCUUCUGGGUGUAAAAAAGUGCAGAUUCCUGCCGCAGCACAACAGAAACUUGUCCAAUGAGUUCCGCUGCUUCGUCAACUAUCCAUCUGUCCUGCUGAGAAGUGGAAGCUCCAGCUGAUCAGUGAUCUGAUCUAAUCUGUUGACUGCUGCUUCCUGAGGACUUCACACAGAUACUUCACAGCUGUGAUACGUGAGGAAAAAACGUGUCUUGCUUUAAAAUGUCAAAACGUCCACUGACUUACAUGGAAAAUGACUGGACAUUAGUUUAGGUUAAUAGUGUCCUGUAUGGUUAACUUAUUUUGAGGUUUUGCUGCUUUUAUCAGUUUUAUAUCGUUUAACAUUAAAUAUCUUUCACAUGCUGUUUCAACAAAACCAGCAGAUUGAAGAUGUCAACUUGGACUCUGAAAACUAAUUUAUUUUAAUGCUAUUUUAUGAAUAAAUAAAAAGAUAAAUAAUCAUGUGUGGAAAACAACCUGUAAAAUAACUUGUAUCCACCUGUGACACCUUGUGUGAAAUCCAUUUGGUUCAAAUAAUGAACUGCUGUUAAUUAGAAAAUGUAACCACUUCUUGUUUCCUGAAAAUACAAGUGAGAAACAAAGGAGUAUAAAAUGUUUGUUGUAGCUUUGACUCUCUUCUCUCUGCAAACGACACCAACAACUGCUCAACUGAUUAAUGAUCCUUGAAAAGUCGCACAAAAAAACAUAAAAUACUUUUCAAGGGAGUACGAACACCCUAAUAAACCAAAGCACAGCAAAUAUGAUGUCAUUCAACAUUUAAUUAAACUUUAGGUGGUUUCCCUUUAGUUUUUAUGUACUAUGUUUACAAAAUUAGUGAUUCAAACAGUAAGAGUUUUUUGAUUAUAUAAUUAUAUUUUUGUUCCAUCCUGUUAUUUAAUCAUAAAAAUAUUUGGAGAUAAUCACAUUUGUUUAUAAU